AUGGGUGAGGGGUUUUGUGCGACUGACAUGGGACUAUAUUUACACUACUUUGUGUCUAAAGAGUGGUUCACUUACGAAGAAUAUGGAACAAUGAUAAAAUCUUUUCCCUAUUCAGUCAAAGAUAACCGUGACCGACCAAUUGAAUUUCUGUCCACUUAUGAAGUAUUGAAAGGGGGCGCCAUGCAAAUUUUCAACACAAUUAGACUGUUUCCAUUGAUUGUUAAGGAUCAUAUUAUUGAUAAGAAUGACAAAGUGUGGAAAGCUUUCUUGCUUUUAACAGAAAUGAUUGAAAUCAUUAUGGCUCCAGCUAUUAGAAAAUCAUUCUUGGGCUAUUUACAUGACAUCAUCUUGGAAUAUCUUGACAUCAGAAGGGAAUGUUUUCCUGAUGUAAACCUCUUGCCCAAGCAUCACUAUGCCACUCACUAUCCGUAUAUCAUUCAUCUCUAUGGCCCUCUAAAAAAAAUUUGGACACUCAGGUAUGAGAGCAAACAUCAAUUUUUUAAGAAAUGUAUCAGGUCUUCAAAAAAUUUUAUCAAUCCCUUAAAGUCUUUGACUACCAGGCAUGAACUGUAUCAGUGUUACCUGAGAUCCGGAGCAAGAGACAGGUGCACUAUUUCUGCAUCCUCAUGCAGCGAGUUCAAUCCAUCUAUGUACUCAAAUGAUAUUCAAGUUGCUCUGAGUGAAGGUGGUUUACCUUUGCAAAUUGAAGAGUGUGCCUCAGUCAAAGUGAAGGGGACACUCUACCAGAAAGGCAACAUUGUUGUUCUCUCUCAAACUGCCUACCAAAGUGAUAUUCAGAUGGCCAGAAUCGUCCUCCUGUUGUCUUCUGGUGAGACAGUCUUUUUUGUUGUAGAAGUCCAAGAAGUGGAAUUU